AUGCACUGGGGGCCUUGCUCUCUGGUAGGCGUCCAGGUCCUCAUCACGGGGGCCUCGUCCGGCAUCGGCGCGGCCACGGCGUGGCGGUACGCCGAGCUCGGGUGCCGGCUCGCACUCGCGGGGCGCAGGACGGAGCGGCUUGAGGCGCUGAAGGGCGAGCUGCUGGCGAGGUUCCCCACGCUGCCGCCCCCGCUGCCUGUGACGCUCGACGUGUCGGACAUGGCAGCGGUGAAGGCGUUGCCAGCGAAGCUGGCCGAGGCCGGGAUGCCCGAGGUCGACAUCCUCAUCAACAACGCGGGCCUGGCCCUCGGGGUGAGCGCCGCCGACGAGAACGACAUGGGCGACGUGCAGACCAUGGUCCAGACGAACAUCCUGGGCGUCAUGGGCGGGCUGUUUGGCGGUGUGCUCGGCGAGGGCCGCGGCCUGAGGGCGGCCUACGCCUUCAUCGUCGGGCAGGUCAUCUCCACCGUGUGGCGCAAUCUUCCUGAGCGGCAAGGAGGGCAGGGGCUCGCGGAGGGCGCCGUGCCCGGGGGCCUCUCGGUGACGCGCCGGGGCAUCGAGCUGGAGCUCUUCGGCUUCUGGUGGUGGUGCCUCUUCGGCGUCGCCGUCCUCAUGGCCGCCUACGGGAUCCACUGGCUGUUUAUGCAGCGGGAGCACCCGCGCUUCGUGGUCCUGGUCCUGGGCGACGUGGGGCACUCGCCCCGCAUGCAGUACCACGUGCGGUCGCUGGCGAAGCUGGGCUACGUGGACUUCAUCGGGUAUCCCGGCUCGGACCCUGUCAAGGACGUGAAGGAGAAUCCCAGAGUCCGCCUGCGCUACGUGCGGCCCUUCAGGAGCCCCCUCGCCGUGCCCUACGUGGUGUACGCGGCCUGCCGCGUGCUCUGGGAGUCCGCGCAGCUCGCCUGGUUCCUGGCCGUCGCCUCCCGCCCGAGGGCCUUCCUCGUGCAGAACCCGCCCGCCAUCCCGUCGCUCCUCUGGGUGGCGGUCGCGUCCAGGCUGCGCGGGGCGCCGAUGGCCGCCAGCGGGGGCGGCUCGCGCUGGCUCAGUGGCUGCAGCGGCCUCUGCGCGUAUCCAGGCUGGACGGGGCGUGCCUUGGCAAUGGAGCUGCUGGAGUCUUUCUUUCGCCAACCUCUGCGUCGCGGGAACAAGCAGCGAGGCGACGCCGCGAAGCAGCCGGGCCAGCAGUGGCAGUGCCGCCGCUGCAACGGCUUGCCCAACGACCUGACCCGCGACUGCUGCCGCGGGUGCGGUGCAGCACGCCCAGCAGGCGUGCGGCGGGGUGGCCCGGACGGCCGCCCCACCCCUCCCGCCCGGGGCGCGGCCGGGGGCGUGGGCCAUCAGCACCCGAGUGCCGCCAGCGCUGGGGCGCCGGGCGCGACGACCGUGCCGCCCCGCCAAUGGCCGGCGCGGCCGCCGUCGCCGGAGGAACGUGCGGCAGCGGCAGCCGGGAAGACGGCGGCAUUGGGCGCCGCUGCGGACCUGCUGCGCGGCGCAGGCUUCGACGAGGAGGCGGACGCACUCCGCAAGGCCGCGGCACGCCUGGCCAAGGACGCGGCGGGUGCGAAGCCAGGAGCCCGCCUGGACUCCUGCGAGGCGUUCGUCUCUCGGGCGGAGCGACGCCUCGCGGCUGCACGCGCGGACGUGGACGCUGCGGAGGCGGCGCUCGAGGCCGCUCAGACGCGUGCGGCUGAGCGCGACGUGGAGCUUCAGGAGGGCCAGCGCGCCGACCUCGCCCUUGGCCUGGAGCCGACCGACCCCGGCUGCCUGGAGCCGUCGGAGAUCCGCGGCCCCGAGCGGCCGCCCGGCUGCUGGGACGGCUUCGCGCCUGACUUCGGCGAGGGGUCCGAGGAGGAAGAGUUCGAGAAGGGCGCGAAGCAGCGCUACUCGCCAGGGCUGGCCAGGGCGGGCGACGACGCGGUGCCCUUCGGCGGCGACAGCGGCGCUGGCGCCCAGCCCGGGGUGGCGGAUGCGCGGCCGGUGCCUGGAGGAUUGGACGGCUCGCGGGGCGCCGCGGCAGCGGCCAAGCUUGGCGGCCGAGCUGCGUCGGGGACGCGCCUGGGGCUAGAGCCGACUGCUCUGGGCAGCCUGGUGCCCGCGGAGUUUCGCAGCCCUGCGCUUCUGGACGGCCCGGUGGGCGGCCCCGCUGAGCUGGCCAGCCCGGCGCCGUCGAUGUCGCGGAGGCCGCGCUGA